AUGACUGGUCAUGAUAUAAUGGCAAGUUGGGAUGAGAAACUUCUUACAGCUGCAAGGGAGGGGAAUAUAAAAGAGGUAGAAUUAUGUAUAAAGAACAGAGCUAACUUGGAAUGUAGAGGUGAUUAUUUUGGAAUGACACCAUUAAUGUUGGCCGCUGAGAGAGGACACCUAGAGGUGGUGACAUACCUGGUCACUCACGGCAGUCGGUUAGAGGCCACAUCCACCAGGAGUGGACGAACAGCUUUACAUUAUGCUGCUGAGAAUGGACAGAUUGAUACAACAAAAUGGUUACUAGAUCAAGGAUGCAGUCAUUGGGUGAAAACAAAUGAGGUAACCUUCAGUUUUAUUCUUAUUAGAUAG